AUGUUGAAGAAAAGCGAGGAGAUCCAGAUAAAGGUUAUCUUUUUUUUUAUAGGUUUGCUUUUGAGUUUACCCUCCCAUAUUUUAAUAAAUGUAUCUUUUUUGAUUAAUCACAUAUACAAGGAAGAGAUAGCUAUAACGGUUAUGGGUUUUUUAUCAGGAUUUAUGAUAAUAUCAUCAUUUUUACAAUUAACUUUUGAAUUUACAUCUUUUAAAUGGAUUAUGAUAUGUAACGGAUUAAAUGUUUUUAAUUUAUUAUUAUUAUUAAUUUUUGUAUGUGUAAUGAAAUGUUCAAAAUAUUAUAUAUAUGGUAUAUCCGGGAUUAUCGGUUUUUUUAUUGGUUAUUUGUAUUCAUCGUGUACAAAAUAUUCUUUGCUAUUUCCUUUAAAAGUCAAUGGUUAUAUGGUUACAGGAAUUAGUUUCUCUUCAUUAUUUUUUUUUGCUAUAAAUUUAAUAAUGUCGUAUUUUUCUAUCGAAGAUGGUAAUAUAAGUUCAUAUUACAACACAAUAUAUUUAUCCAUAGGAACUAUAGUUUUUAUCGAAUUCAUUAUACUUGUUUGUAUAAUUUUUAUACAAUAUAAUUCUCCAUAUUUCAAGGAGCAAAAAGAGAAAAUAGAAAGUGCACAGAACAAAAAAUGUAUUGAAUAUAAUGGAUCGAAUGAUUUAUGUGAAGUUGAAAAAGGAAAAAACAAAUCAUCAGAAAAUAUCCAGAGUAAUAAUGUCUCUAUGAUAAGUAAAUGUAAAAAUAAAAUUAAAAAUGUUGGAAAAAUGUUUAAUUGUGCUAAUAUAAUUGAGGGAGCUUGUUUAAUAAGAUAUUAUUAUUUAUGUUUAAUACCUAUAUUCUUUUCAUUUUUCGUGACCUCUAUAAUAUAUCCUCACAUGAUUCCGAAUAAGCUGAAGAAGAACGUAUAUUACAAAUACCUGUUUAUGUUUCUUUACCAACUCAGUGAUCUUAUAUUUCAUAUCAUUGUGACUGUUUAUUAUAGUGCUUUUAACUUUUUUAAACAAAAAUAUGUUGCCAUAUUAUGUUUAAGCAGAAUCCUUCUUUUGCUAUUAUCCUUUAAAAUUAAGAAUUUAACUGAAGCAUCCUUUUUAUAUUCUAAUACUUUUUUGUCAUUCCUAAUAUUUGUAAUAGGAGGUACGAAUGGUUCUUUGAUCAAUAUUAGUUAUGCCAGAAUAUCAGACUGUUUUGAAGAAUCAAAUAAGAAAACCAAACAAAUCGCUGUGGCAUCAUCCUUCUGUGCUUUAUGUCUAUUAAUGAGUUUUGCAUUAGCACCAUGGUUUUGUAAUGCAAUAAUUCAUUUGUAA